AUGAAGACCGUGCCCUUGGGCGCGGGGAAGAACUCUCUGGCGAUGGGCCAGCUCCGCAGCGAGCUAGACCUCAUCCGCAGGCUGGACCACCCCAACAUCGUCAGGCUGCAGGAAGUCUUCGAGACGGAAGAUUCGCUCUUUCUCGUCAUGGACUUGUGCACCGGCGGGGACAUGAUGACGAGGUGGGAACGAAAUAGGAGGCUGCGCUACUCUGAAGAUGAGGCAGCGCUGACGGUGAAGAAGAUCGUGAACGCUGUGCGGUAUUGCCACAAGCAGCACGUGGUGCACAGAGACCUCAAGCUGGAGAACUUGUUGUGGGAGCAUCCGGGAGAAAACGCGGAGCCGCAGCUCGUGGACUUCGGUCUCGGGGUAAAGUUCUCCAACGAGGACGAGACCUUCCACCAGGACGUGGGCAGCCUGUACUACGUCGCCCCCGAGGUGCUGGGCAGGAACUACACCAAGGCUUGCGAUUGCUGGAGCAUCGGGGUGAUCGCUUACAUGCUCUUGGCGGGCGCGCCGCCGUUCAUGGCCCCGUCCGACGAGGGGGUUAAGAUCAAGAUCAAGUGGGCAAGGGUGUCGUUUCCGAAGGAGGUCUGGGCCAAGAUCUCGGACGAUGCGAAGGAUUUCAUCAAGAGAAUGCUAGUGAAGUCCCCGGCCAAGCGGAUGUCCGCGGACGAGGCCUGCGCACACCCCUGGAUGACAAAGCCGCGACACAAGCAAAACGGCGUAGAACCCGUCGCUCAGGCUCAGGCGAUGUCGGAGCGGCAGGAGGAAGGAAAGGGUGGGGAAGGAGCGGCGGCGGUGGCGGCGGCGCCCCCGACGACGGAGUCGUCGGCGGCGCUAGACCCGGAGCUUGUUCGGCGGCUCAGAAACUUCGCGGACUACGGGAAGCUGAAGCGCGUGGCGCUCGGAGUAAUCGCGCAUUCCCUCACUCCGGCAGAAAUCCGGACGCUUCGCACCGAGUUCCAGAACGUUGACGUGGAGGGCCGCGGGGAAAUUAGCCCGAUGGACCUGAAGAACGCGCUCAACAAGUCCGAUAACUACACGGACGAGGAGGUCGAGAAGUUGUUCGAACAGAUGGACCUGGAUCAGGAUGGCACGAUAGGUUUCACGGAGUUCGUCGCGGCGUGUUUGCACGAGGGACAUGUCAGGGACGAGAACCUCCGGCUGGCGUUCGACCGUCUCGACUAUGACGACACGGGCAAGGUCACCCUGGACAACCUCCUCGAGGUGAUCGGCCACACGUCCAACGAGCGGACCAUUAACAAAGAGAUCACUGACGCAGAGGUGUUCGACGCGCUGGUAGGGGAAGAAGGCAAGGGCGUCAGCUACGACUUGUUCAAGAAGGCGAUGAUCAAGAACUUCGCAUCCACGGACCUCAACAGCCCCAGCGUGUUCUCCACGCUUGUCCGUGCUGCCUCGAAGCUGAGCAUCGAAGAACUGGCGAGGGUCACCGGUGGAUCGACGGAGGAUGCUGAUACCAUCAUCUCGGGAUCUCAGGCCAUCUUGCACGGUGGGAACAGCACAGACGCGCUCAAAACCAUGGACCUGCAAUCGGAGGAGGCACAACAUCGACAGCGCUCGGUCGAUUCCGUCACCUCGACGGAGGGAGAUGGGGCGCAGUACUUUUAAGUAUCCCCCCUCGCUCGCCCGGCGUACUUGCGGCGUUGGUCACGUGCUUCCUCUGCUGCCGCGGCCACCGCCUCGGGUAUGUCGUACUUUUUCACGGGUUUAUUUUUUGGAAUUUUGGAUCAAAGGAUGAGGUUCUUAGGGGCGUGUCGUUUGGUUUC